AUGGCAAUGAACAUCGAACCGGACACGAGUAACGAUGCGGUUCCCAGCCUGGAGGGGAGUCUUCCAUCAACCGAAGCUCUUCCACCCGAUUCAGAAUCCCGACUGCUCCAACUACCCCCAGAACUCCUACAGCAAGUCCUAUCCGAACUCUCCGUAUUAGAUCUCACCCGAAUAUCUCGCACCUGCCGCAGCUUAGCCGAGCACGCCUCCAACAACCUCCUAUGGGCCGAUCUGCUAAACGCCCAUCUACCCUUCAAAAUCCACGACCCCGGUCCAUUUACCUCGUUCCGCAGUCUCUACGCAGCAUACUAUCCCUGCUGGUUCAUCCCCCAGAAUAGGGUCUGGUUCGCGGAUACGGAACACACGGGGAACUUGAUCCUGGCGCGGUACGAUAACCGACGGGGUGUCAUUGAGGCAUACCGAGUGGUAGCGGAACGAAGGAACCAUGCCUUUCAGAUCUGGGAGUGGAAUCCGGAUGUCAUUGUUCAGUCGUUCAAUCCCAAAGUCAGUCUCUGGUUGGAUGAUCCGGUAUUGUUUUUGAAGAAUACUCCGUCUGCUGAAGGGCCACCGCGCACGCCGCAGUAUCUAAACGGGGAGACCCGUAUGCCCAUGGCACUCGAGUACCAAUACGUCUUUAACUCGUUUUCUCUAUGUUCGAACAAACCCCCGGACUCGGAAAUGGCCGUGGAUCAAAAGUGGCCACCGCCAAACAUCCCCAGUGACCAGCGGGUUUAUCGAGAUAUGGAUGAGGAUUUGUCGGAAGGGGAUGAACCGCCACGGCAUUUGGAUGAUGUCUCUGAAAUCGCAUUUCGCAUCCGACGAUGGGCGCACUUCCGUCUAGGGAUGCCUUUCUUCACCGCCGGCAAUGGUGAGACUCUUACGACCUUCGCGACGCUGGAUCUUAGUCUAUAUACACCGACGAGAGAGAAGCCGUACCAAGGUAUAUGGGUUGGAGAUUACUCGGCCCACGGUUGCGAGUUCUUGCUCUUCCUCCAACGUGACACUACAGAUGGCUCUACGACAUCACCAGAAACGGAAAACACCGGGUGGAUUCCGCAUGGCCGUUUGGAGGCCAUCAAACUCACAGGGGACCCAAAUGUCCCCAGGGGAGAGAUAUCUUUCGCCGCAGAAGAUAUCGGACAAGGCGGGUUCGUCCGGAUCGCGAACGACUCGCUCUUCCGGAAUGCACGAGUCGUCCGAAGCGAAGGCCAUGUUGCGGGCUUAGGUUUCCGAGAUGAUACUUGGUUACCUUCACAGCUUAUCCUUGUAUCUACCGAUUGCGUGGCCCAUUACUGGGAAUCUAUGGGCCAUAUCUCUUAUUUCCGACGUGUGGAUAUUGACGCCCUUCUUCAGACCUAG